CCGCGCGCCGCUGGUAAAUAGAGCUGUCAAACAACAUCGACGCCAUUUCGACAACAGCCUUAAAAUGGAAGUAAAAUACAGAGCGGGGAUCGCUCCUCACUGAAUAAGAAGCGACGCGCGCUUCUCACGCUCGCGAACACAGACGCGCUUUAACGGACACUUUGAAGACGCCCCGCGGCGACGCGAUGGAUAUCAGCACCGCGGUGUUUAACGCGGCGAGAGACGGAAAACUGAAACUCAUCCAGAAGUUGCUGAGCGACAAAAGUCCGGAGGAGCUGGAGGCGCUGGCGGAGGAGAAGACGCAGGGAGGCACGCCGCUGCUCAUCGCCUCGCGCUACGGACACCUGCAGGUGGUGGAGUACCUGCUGGAGCACUGCAGGGCCGGCGUGGAGCUCGGGGGCGCCGUCAGCUUCGACGGGGAGACGAUAGAAGGGGCUCCGCCGCUGUGGGCCGCCUCCGCCGCGGGGCACCUGCUGGUGGUGAAGACGCUCCUGGAGCACGGAGCCUCCGUCAACAGCACCACCCUCACCAACUCCACCCCGCUGCGGGCCGCCUGCUUCGACGGACACCUGGAGAUCGUGCGCUACCUGGUGGAGCAUCACGCGGACCUGGAGGUGGCCAACCGUCACGGUCACACCUGCCUGAUGAUCUCCUGCUACAAGGGCCACAAGGAGAUCGCCCAGUUCCUGCUGGAGCACGGGGCCGACGUCAACCGGCGGAGCGUGAAGGGCAACACGGCUCUGCACGACUGCGCCGAGUCCGGCAGCCUGGAGAUCCUGAAGCUGCUGCUGAAGGGUGGAGCGAGGAUGGAGCGGGACGGGUACGGCAUGACCCCGCUCCUCGCCGCCAGCGUCACCGGACACACCAACAUCGUGGAGUACCUGCUGCACCAGCCGCGCUCCGCCCGAGAGCCCCGCAUCGACGCGCUGGAGCUGCUGGGGGCCACCUUCGUGGACAAGAAGCGAGACCUGCUGGGCGGCAUGCGCUACUGGAGGAGAGCCAUGGAGCUGCGGCAGGCGGGCGAGAAGAGCCUGGCUAAACCGGCCCCGGGGCCCCCGGUGCCCGCGUACGACUGCGCCCGCGAGGUGUGUACGGCCGAGGAGCUGGAGGCGCUGGUCACUGACCCGGACGAGAUGCGCAUGCAGGCGCUGCUGAUCCGAGAGCGCAUCCUCGGGCCCUCGCACCCCGACACGUCCUACUACAUCCGCUACCGCGGGGCCGUGUACGCCGACUCGGGCGACUUCGAGCGCUGCAUCCGUCUGUGGAAGUACGCUCUGGACAUGCAGCAGAGACACCUGGACCCGCUCAGCCCCAUGACCGCCAGCAGCUUCCUGUCCUUCGCCGAGCUCUUCUCCUUCGUGCUGCAGGACCGAGCCAAGGGCCGGGUCGCUCGGGUCAGCUUCCAGGACCUGAUGGGUGUCCUGGGGAAGAGCGUGCGUGAGGUGGAGCGGGCCGUGGCGCAGCGGGACAGUGCUCCGGAGACGCUGCAGUUCACCAAAGCGCUGUCCAUCAUCCUGCACCUGCUGUUCCUGCUGGAGAAGCUGGAGUGUGCUCCGGAGCAGGAGCACCAGAAGCGGCUGACCGUGUACCGGCUGCUGAAGCUCAGCCCGCGGGCGAGGAGCGGCUACACCCCGCUGCACAUGGCUGUGGACAAGGACACCACGUCUGUGGGCCGUUACCCGGUGGGGCGCUUCCCGUCUCUGUGUGUGGCGCGUCUGCUGCUGGAGUGCGGUGCUGACGUAGACUCCCGCGACUGCGAGAACAACACCCCGCUGCACGUCGCCGCCGCUAACGGCUGUCCGGAGAUCAUGGCGGCGCUGAUCCGGGCCGGAGCGCACUUCGACGCCACCAACGCCCAGCACAAGACGGCCUACGAGCUGCUGGACGAGCAGAGCAGCGGGCGACACGCGCUCCACCCGCUCAGCUACGUCACGCUGCAGUGUCUGGCGGCCCGCACCAUCCUGAGACACAGACUGCCCUACAAAGGGCUGACCUCGGAGCAGAUGGAGGCCUUCAUCGAGCUGCACUGACUCUUCUUUUUCUUGAUUGUCAGGCUGCAGGCUUGU